CGGACUACGUUUGAAUCUGGGGGGAAUAUGAACCAGCAGCAGAGAAUGGCCGCAGCAGGGACCGACAAGGAGCUGAGUGACCUCUUGGAUUUCAGUAUGAUGUUUCCGCUGCCAGUAGCCAAUGGGAAAAACAGGCCUACGACUCUCGCUAGCACGCAGUUCGGAGGAUCAGCAGGUUUGGACGAGCGGCCGACCUCUGGCUCCUGGGCAGCAGGAGAUCAAAAUAACUCCACGUUUGACCAAGUCAGGCAGGGCUACGGCGAAGGUCCCCACUACGGCGAGCACAGAGAACUUCCAUCCCAUAAUAGCCUAUCUUCGUCAUCAUUCCUGGGGUCUGGGAUCGUAGGGAAAGGCACGGAAAGAGGCGCUUACCCGUUCGCAAGAGACAUGCCGGCUCUCAACCAGCCCGGCUUCCUGCCUGGCGAAAUGGGAAUUUCGAGCCCCAGCGCGUUGUCGCCGACGGCGGUGAAGGGCGGUUCGCAAUAUUACCCGUACGCCAACAACCCUCGCCGGAGAGGGGCGGAUAGCAGCAUAGAUGGACAACCGAAAAAAGUCCGGAAAGUUCCUCCAGGACUUCCCUCUUCGGUAUAUCCACCCAACUCAGGUGACGACUACAGCAGGGAACCAGCCAGCUACCCCCCAUCCAAAGCCCCCAGCACUGUCUACCCUGGAGCCUUUUACAUGCCAGAUGGACUUCACAACUCGGCGGAUUUGUGGAAUUCCUCCACCUCCAUCAGCCAGUCCAACUACGGGGCCAUCCUGGGAGCGUCGUCCUCCCCUCUCCCUCAAUCCGGCAACUUCAGCAGUCUUCAUCAGCACGAAAGGAUGAAUUACCCGAUGCAUUCAGGAGAAGUGAACGGCGGUCUCCCCUCGGUCUCGGGGUUUUCCUCGGCCUCCAACCAGUACGGCGUUUCCAGCCACACGCCCCCCAUCAGUGGGACGGAGAGUGUCAUGGGUAACCGAGGAACCACCGCUGGAAGUUCAGGAGAUGCGCUUGGGAAAGCGUUGGCUUCGAUCUACUCCCCAGAUCACUCUAGCAAUAAUUUCUCUUCGAACCCAUCCACACCGGUGGGCUCCCCUCAGGGAAUAACAGGUUCUUCGCAGUGGCCCCGGGCUGGCGGACAGGGUGCCUUAUCCCCGAGCUACGAAGGGACACUUCAUACUUUGCAAAACAAGAUGGAAGACCACUUGGACGAAGCCAUCCACGUCCUGCGGAACCACGCGGUGGGGCAGAGCAACCACAGGGACAUCCACGACUUGCUGGCGUCGGCGGCGUCGGCUCACGGCACCACGGUCGGCGGCCUCAGCCAAUCCUUCCCCCCCGCCUCUGUCUUGCCAAUCGCCAAUCGGCACUCAAACCUGGUGACAGGAGGACACUCGGAAGACGGCCUCCCCAGCAACCCCAGCCUCCUCCACAAUCACGUCCCUCUCCCAGCGCAGCCCAGCUCACUCCCGGACCUCAACAGAGGCCAGUCUUCGGAUGCCUUCAGCGGCUUGACGGGGGGGCUGGGCCGGGCCAGCGUCUCGUCGGGCACCAGUGAGAUCAAGCGAGAGGACAAGGAAGACGACGAGAACACGUCCGUGGCGGACAACUCGGAGGAGGAGAAGAAGGAGCUGAAGGCGUCGCGGAACCGAACAAGGUGCUCACUGAACAGUCAAGAUGAGGACGAGGAUGACGACCUCCUCCCCCCAGAGCAAAAAGCCGAGCGCGAGAAAGAGAGGAGGGUGGCCAAUAAUGCCCGGGAGCGCCUCCGCGUCCGCGACAUCAACGAGGCUUUUAAGGAGCUCGGGCGCAUGUGCCAGCUGCACUUAAACAGCGAAAAGCCGCAGACCAAACUUCUAAUCCUCCACCAAGCCGUGUCGGUUAUCCUGAAUCUGGAACAACAAGUUAGAGAACGUAACCUGAACCCUAAAGCAGCCUGCCUAAAGCGCCGCGAAGAGGAGAAAGUGUCUGGCGUCGUCGGGGACCCUCAGAUGGCACUCUCGUCGUCUCAUCCGGGUCUAGGAGAUGGGCACAACCCCGUGGGGCAUAUGUAAAGGUGAUUUAUUUUCUUCGCCCUGCAAGCCGACGUCUGUAGGAAGAAGGGAAGGCUGGAUCUCUCACACAUCCCCCCUCCUCCAUUCCCCGACAACCACCGUGUGUCCGCACCAGAAACUGUAGUCCUGUUUUUAAAUACCGAUGU